UCUCUCUCCACUGUUUUGCUUUUGAUUUGACAGUGGUCGCGUAGUGCUCAUCGUCUCGGACCACAUUUUGGUGGGUUUUGGAGAAAGAACAUUCCGGUGAAAUCCGCCAUGGCGGAUGCGACUAAGGAUCUCUCCCCUCGUGGAAACAUCAUCUCCGACCUGAAGAGCUUAUCCUCUGUUCUCAGAACCAGGAGAACUAUUGUUUUCGCAUAUGGGUUCAUGUUCACCUUCGUCGCUUGCACUGUGUUUAUCGCCUUCAACCCUUCUGCAACUUCUUCCCCUUGGUUCAACAACAUCUUCGGCAGUUCCGGUUCUGAUUCUCCCUAUAGAUCUCACUUCUCUUCCCUUUUAUCCUACUUCCUCCCCAAUUCCUCUCGACCCACUCAGACUACUCUUCCUUCUCCGUUUCCACUAGGUGAUCUCAAUGUCUCGUCGUCUCAUACUCAUAACGCUUCGGCUCCUCAUGUUCUGAAAGCAAAACAGUUCCAAACUGGAAAAAAUCGAACUCAGAAACUUGUCGGUGAAAAAGGUGUUCUGAAGAACGGAACAGAAACCAGUAAAGGUACAGCAAACUCCCAAGCACCACCCUUGAAAUCGCCGUCGCAAUCCCAUAAGAAGGAUAGUCUGCCCAACAAUGGUACUGUGAAUGGGUUAGCGAAACCAACCCCCAUAUCACCAUCCGUUGAUAAUACAGGCUUUCCGAUGAAGAAAACAGAGAGUAAUAGUGGUAAGACAGAGUCUCGAGCAGGGAAUCAGACUGUAACUUCGUCCUCCAAGUCCUCUGAGAAGGAGAGUCUGCCUAAGAAUGGGAUGGCUAAAGGGGUUGCAGGGCCGGCUGGGAUGUCGAACUCGAACGUAACUGCUUCGCUUUUGAAGCGGAAUAAUGGGUUUUUUUCUCCCGGGAUUUCAUCUACGAGGCAGGCGAAUUCGAAUUUGCUGAGUUCAAUGAUGCAUUGUAAUAUUUUUUAUGGACGUUGGGUCAAAGACGAUUCUUAUCCGCUUUACCCACCGGGAUCUUGUCCAAGCAUCGACGAACCGUUUAAUUGUUUUCUCAACAGUCGGCCUGAUAUAGCUUAUCAGAAACUCAGAUGGCAACCCAAGGGCUGCAACAUCCCAAGGUUGGAUGGGAGGGAUAUGCUACAAUUGCUGAGAGGAAAACGACUAGUCUUUGUUGGUGAUUCCCUGAAUAGAAAUAUGUGGGAAUCUCUGGUUUGCAUUCUUAGAAAUUCUGUGCAAGAUAAAAGCAAGGUCUUUGAAGCUUCUGGUCGACGAGAGUUUCGAACAGAGGGUUCUUACUCCUUUCUAUUUAAAGAUUUCAACUGUUCCGUAGAGUUCUUCCGAUCGCCUUUCCUAGUUCAAGAAUGGGAAAUGCCAGACACGAAUGGAUCCAAGAAGGAAACACUUCGUCUCGACAUAGUUGAGAGAUCGUCAGAUAAAUACAAGAAUGCAGAUAUCAUCGUCUUCAACACGGGACACUGGUGGACUCACGAUAAGACUUCAAAAGGAAAGGAUUACUACCAAGAAGGUAGCCAUAUCUAUGACGAAUUGAACGUUGUCGAGGCAUUUCGAAGAGCUUUAACAACUUGGGCGAGAUGGGUUGAUGCCAAUGUAAGUCCUAAGAAGACCCUGGUUUUCUUCAGGGGCUAUUCUGCCACACAUUUCAGUGGUGGACAGUGGAAUUCAGGUGGGCAAUGCGACCAUGAAACUGAACCCAUCAAGAACGAAACCUAUUUGAAAGCGUAUCCGCAGAAGAUGGCAGUGUUAGAGUCUGUAUUAAAGGGGUUGAGAACACCAGUCUCCUACCUGAAUAUUACAAGAAUGACUGAUUAUAGGAAAGAAGCCCACCCUUCAAUAUACAGGAAACAGAAUUUAACAGAUGAGGAGCGGAGAUCUCCAUUGAGGUUCCAGGAUUGCAGCCAUUGGUGUCUCCCUGGAGUGCCCGACUCAUGGAAUGAGCUUCUCUACGCUCAGCUACUGAUCAAAUACAAUCAGAAGCAGCAUCAGGAACAGCAACAGCAGAAGAGACCAUAGUGGUAAAGGGUACACAGAUUAGUAGGCGAUGUUUAAAUUAAUCACUAAAUUAAUGGCAUCUGUAUUAUAUAAGGUUUUUUUAUUCUCCUAUUUUGGAAAGAAUAGAAAUAACCAGCAGAAGAUCCAAAAAAGAGUGUUCUCUCCCCUUGUUAUGUGUUUUUAAUUCAAAAUGAGAAGUGGAGAGAAGUGAGUGAUGAGGGGGUUUGAGCUGUAAUAGUAUUGUUUAUAUUCGUAGGAAGAAGGAGAAAGGGUGGAUGGAUGGUCUGGUUUUUAAAGGUGUUCAUUGAGAGGGGUCUCUCUUUCUCUUCCCCCAUCAUCAUAUACAAUAUUCUUUUAGCCUUAAACAAGCUUAAAUAUUGUAAAAUCUCAUUUCCAUGUUAGAGUUUGUUCAUUUGAAAUAAAGGGAAAAAAAAAACUAGUGAUGCAU